GAAGAAAAUGUUAUAAUCAAACUCUUCCUUCGACCUCCACAAUCAACCCGGAAAACUAGGGUUUUGAGCUAGAAAUUUUUUAGGGUUUUUGCGAGGUUGAGGAAAACAGCUUAAUGGAAGAAAUUGUUGAAGGCGUCAAUUCCAUCAACUUGAGUUCCGAUUCCUUUAAGAAGAAUCGGAUUCAAGUCUCCAACACCAAGAAACCCUUGUUCUUCUAUGUCAAUCUCGCUAAGAGGUACAUGCAGCAGCAUGAUGAGGUUGAACUUUCUGCUCUGGGAAUGGCAAUUGCCACAGUUGUUACAGUUGCUGAAAUUUUGAAAAACAAUGGAUUGGCUGUUGAGAAGAAGAUUGCAACCUCAACUGUUGAUAUCAAGGAUGACUCAAGAGGAAGACCUGUCCAGAAGGCUAAGAUUGAGAUAUUGCUGGGUAAAACUGAAAACUUCGAUGAAUUGAUGGCUGCUGCUGCUGAGGAAAGGGGGGAGAUAGGCGAUGCAGACGAGCAGAGUUAAAAGAUGAAUUGCAUUUGCUGUAUCUUUUUGUUUUAGCUAUAAAUUUUGUCGAUGAUGUUGAAUUUUCCAUCAAUUAUUUGUAGCUCUUUGCGGCACUAUUUUUCAAUCGUGAGUUUGUUCAUAAAUUUCGUUUUAGGGAUCUUCAGUUUCUUUGGAGUCUUUCUUUUUAACCUAUAGUAAACCAAAUUUUGUAUUGUUAUUCUUUUGCUACAGAUCAUUUGCUUUA